CUGCACUUGGCCAAGGCAUUUGGAUUUGUUAGGCAUGCUCAUAUGAGAACUUGAGAAGCCGUGGCCAUUAAAAUAUUCUGGUGAGAGUCUGUGAGGAGAAUCUUUAAAUCUUCCAUCUGCCUUGGCAGAUUGGGGUGUUCAGGUUAUUAUUCUGAGCAAGUUCUGGCUUCAGGUUGAGGAAGUUGUGCUCAGAGUAAACGUGACAGAGGAACUCAGAAUUCCAGUAGUAGCUGAUUUCAAUCAAAUCUAAACAAAGAGAGACAAUGGAGGGAUUUGUCGAGCAGUAUGAGAAAGAAAACAUGUCGAUGAAAAUGGUGAUGUUGAAGCAGGAAGAAACUUUCAGACAACAGGUCGAGGAACUCCACCGUUUGUACCGAAUUCAGAAGGAAUUGAUGAGAGAUGCCAAACAAGAUCGCGAGUCCUGGAAACAACCAGUUUUCAGUAACUCAAAGGAAGAACUAACGCUUGAUGCUGAUGAAGGGAGUGACCUGGAGCUGACACUCGCCACUGGAAGCCAAAGAACUCAAAGGAAGAAGACGAGUGCAUCACAUGCUUCAGAAUCAGGAUCUAGCUUUUCUUCAUCCUCAGGUGAAUCAGGGUCUAUGAAGGCAAAGAACAGUGACUGGACAAUGUCAAAUGGCUCCAUAAGGAUCGGAGGUGAGAGAUUCGAGAUUGAGCAACUGAGACAGGAUGGCUUAAAUCAAACUUCUUGGCUCUUUCCAUGUACUAAGAAACAUGACAUGGUAGCUUCUUUUGGAUUGUAAUAAUUAUACCAUUAUUACAACCUCCUAGAUGUCUUCGAAGAAAAAUUAUACGAACAA